AUGGAACGCAUUACCUUCGUCCCCAGGAGCAAAAGCAGUCCGUUUAUCUCCAUUUCCAAACAAGACUUUCAAUACGAGCUAGCUAACACAUCGCAACUGGCCUCCAGCAUCAUCCGAAUACUGUUCAUGGUCCCUAUCUACGCCGUGGUAUCCUUCCUAUCCUUCUACCAUUACCGACACACCGUAUACUUUCAAGUGCUCCGAGACUGCUAUGAAGCUUUUGCGAUCUCCGCAUUUUUCUCCCUUAUGUGUCACUACAUCGCCGAUGACCUACACAAACAAAAGGCAUAUUUCAGGGGGAUUGUUCCAAAACCAUGGUUCUGGCCUUUGGACUGGUUCCAGAAAUGUUGCGGUGGGGAGAGGGGAAUAUGGAGGGUUCCACGGAGCGGUUUGACUUGGUUCAAUAUUAUUUGGACGGGAGUCUUCCAAUAUUGCUUUAUACGAGUGGCUAUGACUAUCGUUGCGGUGGUGACGCAGAAAUUCAAGCUCUACUGCCAGGAAUCAUUAAGCCCUGCUUUUGCACACAUCUGGGUCAUGGUCAUCGAAGUUGUCUGCGUCACGAUUGCUAUGUACUGCCUUAUCCAAUUCUACAUUCAAUUGAAAGAAGAUCUUUCGCCACAUUCGCCCUUCUUAAAGAUCCUUGCUAUCAAACUGGUUAUUUUCCUCUCGUUCUGGCAAGAGAUUACCAUAUCCUUCCUCACGUCAUCAGGAUGGAUCAAACCUUCGAAUAAAAUGCAAUUGCCAGAUAUCAAGAUCGGCAUUCCCUCCACCUUGAUUUGCUUCGAAAUGGCCAUCUUCGCCAUCCUCCACCUCUGGGCCUUCCCCUGGAAGCCCUAUAGCCUCAACAAUCCAAAACACCUUAGUUCUCCCGAAGAUAGCGUAUACGCAACGCCCGUGACGGCUUACCAAGGCGGAUUCCUUGGUCUGAAAGCCCUGGGCGACGCAUUCAACCCAUGGGACCUUGUCAAAGCCAUCGGCAGAAGUGCACGAUGGCUCUUCGUAGGAAGAAAGGAGCGGCAAUUUGAUCCAAGCUACCAAGGCCAACCGGGAAGCUCGUUUACGGUUAAAUCUCCUACAACAAGUGCGCAGGAGCAGGGUACAGCGUACAUCGGGGCACAUUCGGCGAAUGAUAUCAUGAUGGAGCCCAGCCCUCGACGAUUUGACUCCUAUGGUGGGGAGAGGGAUGAGUUGCUCGCAAAUGCUCAGGCCGAUCCGGUUACGGACUAUCCUCUAGAUACGGUGAAGCCUGCUGAGUCGGGACAGAAACGUUCCUAA